UUUACCCGGCAAAUUCCCGGAACCCUAGUGUUCAAGGGAACUUGCUAGUUGCUACUUAUGCACACUCCAUGAUGGCAUUUCCCGAGAAAUGCCUUUCGAAAGCAUCAAAAAUGCCAAGUCUAGACAGAGAUUUGGUCAAAUAAGACCUCAGACAUCUACGAUGGAACAUGCUGAAACCAUGUGCCCUGGACGCCCUCUGCCCUGAUAACAAAUUGGAGGUACAUGAAGACAAGUGACCGCCUUCGUUGGUUUUCGAGUUGAUUCAUCAUCAAGUUUGCAGCGAUGUGGUCAGGAUCAUCUAUCGGUGCUACUGGCUCCAGCUCUGUCGAGGAAGCUUCACCAGACCCAUGCAAUAUCGUCAUUUUCGGAGAAACAGGAGCUGGCAAAAGCUCCUUGAUCAAUUUAAUCGUUGGGCCAGGAAUAGCACCGGCAUCCUGCGACGCUGAAGGAUGUACAGUUGAAACUAAGGAGUACUUAUACGACCUUGCGAUUCAUAGUAAGACCUUGAAGGUAAAGUUUUUCGAUACAGUCGGUCUUGGUGAGGGCCCUGAGGGCAAAGUCCCCGACAAGAAAGCUCGGAGACUUUUGAAGAACCUCCUUCGAAGGCUUAUGAAGCAGGACGGUAUCCAUCUCCUCAUGCAUUGUAUUGAUGGCAAGAAGCAGGGCACGAAAGCGAUCAAGGCACUCUGCCGUCACUACGAACUAUGUAGCUUCGAAGUCAAGAAAAGAGUCCCAAUCGUCCUCGUCGUCACACGUUUGGAAAACAUAGAACCAGAAAUGGAGCAAUGGUGGAAGAACAACGAGUCCUUCAUUUCAGAGCAUAACAUGACCUUUGCUGGCCAUGCGUGUAUCACCACGCUGACCGAUGAUGCAACGCUCAAGGAGCGCCACGAGCUGUCAUAUCUCAAGGUCUGCAAACUUAUCGCGGAAUGUCGUACAAGGAAUGGGCGCAAGAGGAGCGGGCACAAAAAGAAUGGGUCUAAAAAGAACGGGCCUAAAAGGAAGUUGUUCAAAAAGAUAACAAGGACUGCGCCCCAGAGGAUCGAAAGCAACAAGCCUAAGAAUAUCGUACUCUUCGGGGAGAUGUGGGCAGAUAAAAGUUCACUUGUCAACCUUAUGGCAGGGAAGGAAGUGUCAGUCGCAUUUCCUGACAUGCAACCUCGUACGAUGCACUGGGAAGACUACACCAUCACAUUUGGAGACGAGACUUACAAGGUGUUCGAUACUAUUGGACUUCAGGAACCGCAGCUAGGGAUCGAAGAGUACCUCGAGUCUGUCGACGGCGCCUACAGGCUCAUCAAGGAAUUGGAUCGACAAGGCGGCAUUGAUCUGCUUCUGUUCUGCAUUCGACCCUGCCGAGUAAAUGCUACGCUUUACAGCAAUUAUAAGCUGUUUCACGAUUAUCUCUGCGAGGGGAAUGUUCCCAUUGUUCUUGUGAUCACACACCUCGAAAGAGAGAUGGAGGGCUGGUGGGAGGGAGUACAGAGUAAGUUCGAACGUUAUGGGAUUCUGGUUGCUGGUUACACGUGCAUUUUCGCCGCUGAUCGAUCGGAUGGCCCAUACGAAACGCGUGAGUAUGAAGCCACGAUCCGUCAUCUUGUGGAGAAGUUUACUGCCAACGGGCGGAAGUCGGCAUGGACAGGAGGGGACAAUCUGUUUGUAUCAUUGAUGCGUAAACUGAAGGAGCUACCUGGUGAGCAUUUGCGUGUGAAGGGGAUGAGUAUUGUCUCUCGCCUCAUGAAGCGUUGCGAUACGUCUCGACGAGUCGCAAGAAAGUUGGCUUAUAUGAUCAAGCAAGACGCGUCUACUAACUCGGGAGCUGAUAUGUAUUUAUGUCAGUACACAAUGUCACAACUUGGUUCAAGGACGCCCGGUUUAGUGUUCUAAUAUUGAUAUUGUCAGAAGAGAAUGCACGCACGCACACAUCUCAAUUUAUCUACUCCGAGGACCUCUGGAACAUCCUAUGCAUACGCAUGCAUGCAGCAUGCUGAAUUCGUGCCUUGGGAGAAAUGAAGAUACCGGUACUACAGGUAUGCAUGGAACGUG